AUGGGAAAUUCGAACAAUAGAAGUAAACUUCACGGAGACAACAAGCAAUCAGUGAAUUCAAGUCGCAACGGCCAACAAUUUGCAAGUCAGUUCAGUCUCUCCCAUUUCGUUGGCAACCUUAGCGGGCGCUCUUUUGUGAGUCUAACAAGCAACCAGUCUGUGUACAGCGCAUCGCGACCUUGGUCUCGGAUUUCUAGACGAAGAUGGAAUGAUUCAACUUUAAAAAACCAUUUGGAAGCUAGCAAAACCGCUUGGCCUGUCAGUCACAAUGAGUCAAUUUUUCUGCCUGAAUUUUUCAUUACUACACACUCUUUAAACAAAAAUUAUGAAAUUGUAAAUACAAUAGCUAAAGGUGCUUUUGGAGAAGUAGUAAAAGUAAAAAAUAAUAUUGAUGGAAAAGCAUAUGCACUGAAAGUGCUCAGUAAAUCAAAGAUAGUGAGUGAAAGCGCUGUGAACCAAGUAAAGGCAGAGGCGCGCAUUCAAUCGGCUUGCGGACAUCAUCCCUUUAUCGCUGGCGCCGUGUCACGCUGGCAAACAAAGAAAACACUAUAUAUUGUUUCAGAAUACAUUGCCGGAGGUGAAUUGUUAGCUGUAUUGAAUAAAUACAAGAUAUUGCCCGAGGAGCUUGUGAAAGUGUUUGUUGCUGAGAUUGCUAUAGCCAUUGAUUUUCUUCACAAUGCUGGAGUCAUCUACCGGGACUUGAAACCAGAGAAUAUACUUUUGGAUACAGACCAUCACAUUAAGCUUAUUGAUUUUGGUCUUUCGAAGUGGCUACCCAUUGGAUCACGAACAACAACGCUCUGUGGCACUUUGAAAUAUAUGGUGUGGGAUUUGACUCGUUACUUUGUUUAA